UUUUGUUAUUUCGGCAUCGGUAUAUAGGUAAUGAAUACACUAUAUACACGUAAUUUGCAAAAUUAAUUCUGAUUAAAUAGAGUUUUAAUUUCAUAUAGUGAGACAAUCAAUGGCGCAGCAGACAACAACAUACACCGACAUAUUACAGGAAAUAUAAGUACAUGUAGGUUACUCGUGCGAGAUAAGAAAGUUCAGACGAACGUCAAAAUGGAUUUAUCACGUAUCAUUUUUGUUACAAUUUCUGUGCAGUUUGGAAUAAUUGCAUGUAGUGGUACAGGUAACGAUGUUUUGCCGUGGAAAGUCAUUAUUGGCACCCACGAGAGGAUGAUCCAACGUCUGGAAAAAAUAAUAGACAAACAGGGCAAGAGAAUUACUGAACUUGAGAAUAACUGUGUUUGCCACUUAUCUAAGGUUUCGGAUGACGUACAUUUGUCUCAAGUACCGGCGAUGAAUGAAUCAAUGACCUCAGGUGGUUUAAAGAGUCAUCACCGUGAAUUGGAGACCAAUACGAAAGGAUACCAAAUCAGAAACAACUCUGAUUCCGAAAAUCAGCGGUUUCAAAGGCUACUCAUUGGAACGCCUACAGUAACAACAUUUGACACCAUAGCCUUUUAUGCCUAUCUUGGAACUCACGACAUGACCCCGGCAGCUAACAAGGUCAUCGUCUUUGAAACCGUACUAGUGAACACUAUCGGCAAUGCUUACAACAACUACAGCGGAGUCUUCACAAUUCCUGAAUCGGGCAUAUACGUUUUUACGUGGACAAUUGAAUGCGAUGGUAAUGGAUCAAUUUUUACCAAUAUUUUGCGCAAUUCCAAUGUUUUCGGUUCUAUCGCAUCCGACAGUCAUAAUGAAUCUGAAUACCGAAUGUCUACGGGUGUGGCGUUAAAUUUUGCUAAUAAAGGAGAUGUUGUGUUCAUACGAGUCCACACUGUUCACAAUUCCCAUAUCCACAGCUCUGACUUCGCUCGGUCUUCAUUCAGUGGCUGGAAAUUAAAAUAAUGUCGUAUAUCAAA